GCGCCACAGGGGAGCAAGUUAGUGUGUGCGCUGGCCGGGCGAGGGGGAGGAGGGGAAUCUCCCGCCAUUUUUCAAUAAUUUCCUCCGGUGCAGCUGAGGAGGAGUCGUGAUUGCAGACCGCGGGGACCUGGAGCGAAGGUUGGCUGGAGGCUGCCCGGCGGCGCAGCGGCGUGCGUCGGAGUUCCGUGCCCUGGCGUCCCGUUGCACGGCCCUCGCGCGGCCGCGCCGGCGGUGAGGGAGCCGAGUUCGCGCCGCCCUCUCACCCCUCCCCUCCCCCACCACCCCGGGAGCCUGCGCUCGCUCCGGGCCGCGGGGCCUAGUGCCGCCCGCGGGCUCAUCGGGGCCGCCGCCGCCGCGAUGGCGCCGCUCCUGGGCCGCAAGCCCUUCCCGCUGGUGAAGCCGCUUCCCGGCGAGGAGCCGCUCUUCACCAUCGCGCACACCCAGGAGGCCUUCCGCACCCGGGAAGAGUAUGAAGCCCGCUUGGAAAGGUACAGUGAACGUAUUUGGACGUGUAAGAGUACCGGAAGCAGUCAACUAACACACAAGGAGGCCUGGGAGGAGGAACAGGAAGUUGCUGAACUUUUGAAGGAGGAGUUCCCUGCCUGGUAUGAGAAACUUGUUCUGGAAAUGGUUCACCAUAACACAGCUUCCCUAGAGAAGUUGGUAGAUACGGCUUGGUUGGAGAUCAUGACCAAAUAUGCUGUAGGAGAAGAGUGUGACUUUGAGGUUGGGAAAGAAAAAAUGCUCAAGGUGAGGAUUGUGAAGAUUCAUCCUUUGGAGAAAGUGGAUGAAGAGGCCACUGAGAAGAAAUCUGAUGGUGCCUGUGAUUCUCCCUCAAGUGACAAAGAGAAUUCUAGUCACAUUGCUCAGGACCAUCAGAAGAAGGAAGCCAUUGUAAAAGAGGAUGAAGGAAGGAGAGAGAGUAUUAAUGACAGAGCACGUAGAUCCCCGCGAAAGCUCCCUACUUCAUUAAAAAAAGGAGAAAGGAAAUGGGCUCCUCCAAAAUUUCUGCCUCACAAAUAUGAUGUGAAACUACAAAAUGAAGACAAGAUCAUCAGUAAUGUGCCAGCAGACAGCUUGAUUCGUACAGAACGCCCACCAAAUAAGGAGAUACUUCGGUACUUUAUACGGCAUAACGCAUUACGGGCUGGUACUGGUGAAAAUGCACCUUGGGUGGUAGAAGAUGAAUUGGUGAAGAAAUAUUCCCUGCCUAGCAAGUUCAGUGACUUUUUACUUGAUCCGUACAAGUACAUGACUCUCAACCCUUCUACUAAGAGGAAGAAUACUGGAUCCCCAGACAGGAAGCCCUCAAAGAAAUCUAAGACAGACAACUCUUCUCUGAGUUCACCACUAAAUCCUAAAUUAUGGUGUCAUGUCCACUUGAAGAAAUCCUUGAAUGGCUCACCACUCAAAGUGAAGAACUCAAAGAAUUCCAAGUCUCCAGAAGAGCAUCUGGAAGAAGUGAUGAAGAUCAUGUCACCCAACAAACUACAUGCUAACUUUCACAUUCCUAAGAAAGGCCCACCUGCCAAGAAAUCAGGAAAGCACAGUGACAAACCUUUGAAAGCAAAGGGCAGAAGCAAAGGCAUCCUGAAUGGACAGAAAUCCACAGGGAAUUCCAAAUCUCCCAAAAAGGGGUUGAAGACUCCUAAAACCAAAAUGAAGCAGAUGACUUUGUUGGAUAUGGCCAAAGGCACUCAGAAGAUGACACGAGCCCCACGGAAUUCUGGAGGUACACCUAGGUCAUCUAGUAAACCUCAUAAACAUCUGCCUCCUGCUGCCCUACACCUUAUUGCCUACUACAAAGAAAACAAAGACAGGGAGGACAAGAAGAGUGCCCUGUCCUGUGUUAUCUCCAAAACAGCUCGUCUCCUCUCUAGUGAAGAUAGAGCUCGUCUCCCAGAAGAAUUGCGGAAUAUUGUUCAAAAACGCUUUGAGCUUCUAGAGCACAAAAAGAGGUGGGCCUCUAUGUCUGAAGAACAACGCAAGGAAUAUUUGAAAAAGAAACGAGAAGAGCUAAAAGAAAAGUUGAAGGAAAAAGCCAAGGAGCGGAGAGAGAAAGAAAUGCUCGAGAGACUAGAGAAACAGAAGCGGUACGAGGACCAAGAGUUAACUGGUAAAAACCUUCCAGCAUUUAGAUUGGUGGAUACUCCUGAAGGGCUGCCCAACACACUCUUUGGGGAUGUGGCCAUGGUGGUGGAGUUCUUGAGCUGUUACUCUGGGCUGCUAUUACCAGAUGCUCAGUAUCCUAUUACUGCUGUGUCCCUUAUGGAAGCCUUGAGUGCAGAAAAGGGUGGCUUUUUAUAUCUGAAUAGAGUAUUGGUCAUCCUCUUACAGACCUUAUUACAAGAUGAAAUAGCAGAAGACUAUGGUGAAUUGGGAAUGAAGCUGUCGGAAAUCCCUCUGACUUUGCAUUCUGUUUCAGAGCUGGUGCGGCUCUGCUUGCGCAAAUCUGAUGUUCAGGAAGAAAGUGAGGGCUCAGACACAGAUGAUAAUAAAGAUUCAGCACCAUUUGAGGACAAUGAGGUACAAGAUGAGUUCCUAGAGAAGCUGGAGACCUCUGAAUUUUUUGAACUAACAUCAGAAGAGAAGCUACAGAUCUUGACAGCACUCUGCCACCGGAUUCUCAUGACAUACUCAGUGCAAGACCACAUGGAAACCAGACAGCAGAUGUCUGCAGAGUUGUGGAAGGAACGGCUUGCUGUAUUGAAGGAAGAAAAUGAUAAGAAGAGAGCAGAGAAACAGAAACGGAAAGAAAUGGAAGCCAGAAAUAAAGAAAAUGGAAAAGAGGAGAAUGGGUUAGGCAAAACUGAUAGGAGAAAAGAAGUUGUGAAGUUUGAGCCCCAAGUAGAUACGGAAGCUGAGGACAUGAUUAGUGCUGUGAAGAGCAGACGGCUGCUUGCCAUUCAGGCUAAGAAGGAGCGGGAAAUCCAGGAGAGAGAAAUGAAAGUGAAACUGGAACGUGAAGCUGAAGAAGAACGAGUACGAAAGCACAAAGCAGCUGCUGAGAAGGCUUUCCAGGAGGGAAUUGCCAAGGCAAAACUAGUCAUGCGUAGGACUCCUAUUGGUACCGAUCGAAACCAUAAUAGAUACUGGCUUUUCUCAGACGAAGUUCCAGGAUUGUUCAUUGAAAAAGGCUGGGUUCAUGACAGCAUCGACUACCGAUUCAACCAUCACCGCAAAGACCAUGCAGACUCUCCUGACGAGGAUUACUGUCCCCGUAGUAAAAAACCAAACCUAGGCAAAAAUGCAAGCAUGAACACACAACAUGGACCAGCAACAGAAAUUGCUGUAGAGACCACCAUACCCAAACAAGGACAGAACCUAUGGUUUUUAUGUGAUAGUCAGAAGGAACUGGAUGAGUUGCUAAAUUGCCUUCACCCUCAGGGAGUAAGAGAAAGUCAGCUUAAAGAGAGACUAGAGAAGAGGUACCAGGACAUUAUUCAUUCCAUUCAUCUGGCCCGGAAGCCAAAUUUGGGUCUAAAAUGCUGUGAUGGCAACCAGGAGCUUUUAAACUUCCUUCGUAGUGAUCUCAUUGAAGUUGCAACAAGGUUACAAAAGGGGGGACUUGGUUAUGUGGAAGAAACUUCGGAAUUUGAAGCUCGGGUGAUCUCACUAGAGAAACUGAAGGAUUUUGGUGAAUGUGUGAUUGCCCUUCAAGGCAGUGUCAUAAAGAAAUUUCUUCAAGGCUUCAUGGCUCCCAAGCAAAAGAGAAGAAAACUCCAAAGCGAAGAUUCAGCAAAGACUGAAGAGGUGGAUGAAGAGAAAAAAAUGGCAGAGGAAGCAAAGGUUGCAUCUGCUCUGGAAAAAUGGAAGACAGCAAUCCGUGAAGCUCAGACCUUUUCCAGAAUGCAUGUUCUACUUGGGAUGCUUGAUGCCUGUAUCAAGUGGGAUAUGUCAGCAGAAAAUGCUAGAUGCAAAGUUUGUCGAAAGAAAGGUGAGGAUGACAAACUGAUCUUGUGUGAUGAGUGUAAUAAAGCCUUCCACCUGUUUUGUCUGAGGCCGGCCCUCUAUGAAGUACCAGAUGGUGAGUGGCAAUGCCCAGCUUGCCAGCCUGCUACUGCCAGGCGCAACUCCCGUGGCAGGAAUUAUACUGAAGAGUCUGCCUCUGAGGACAGUGAAAAUGAUGAGAGCGAUGAAGAGGAAGAAGAGGAAGAAGAAGAGGAGGAAGAAGAAGAUUAUGAGGUGGCGGGUUUGCGAUUGAGACCUCGAAAGACUGUCCGGGGCAAGCAGGGUGUCAUCCCCCCUGUGGCAAGGCCAGGCCGACGACCAGGUAAGAAGCCGCAUCCUACCAGGAGGUCUCAGCCGAAGGCACCACCUGUGGACGAUGCUGAGGUUGAUGAGCUGGUGCUUCAGACCAAGCGGAGCUCCCGGAGGCAAAGCUUGGAGUUGCAGAAGUGUGAAGAGAUCCUCCACAAGAUUGUGAAGUACCGCUUCAGCUGGCCCUUCAGGGAGCCCGUGACCAGAGAUGAGGCUGAGGACUACUAUGACGUGAUCACCCACCCCAUGGACUUCCAGACAAUGCAGAACAAAUGUUCCUGUGGGAGCUACCACUCUGUGCAGGAGUUUCUUACCGACCUGAAGCAAGUGUUUACCAAUGCUGAGCUUUACAACUGCCAAGGCAGCCAUGUGCUAAACUGCGUGGUGAAGACAGAACAGUGUCUGGUGGCUCUGUUGCAUAAACACCUUCCUGGCCACCCAUAUGUCCGUAGGAAACGCAAGAAGUUUCCCGAUCGGCUUGCUGAAGAUGAAGGGGACAGUGAGCCAGAACCCAUUGGACAGUCCAGGGGACGAAGACAGAAGAAAUAGAGAGGCAGGGCCCUGGUAAGGGAGCUGAAGUUAGGGGAAUCGAGGGAGAGAGCAAGGGAGGGUGGGAGGGAGGCCAGAGACGUAGGUAGAUGGAGAAGAACGUGGAAGGGAGAUCACAGGGAGUCCAGAAAUGCCUGUCAUCCCAAGCUUGUGCUGUGUUUCCACAACUCUCCAUAGGGCGUUAAUCAAGCAGAGCUCUUUGGAGAGCCUAAAACUGGGUUGGUGGUCUCUGCCCAGAAAUGUUAUGGGUGGAAGAUGGCCUAAACCCCUCUUUCUGAGAGUUUCCAAGAAGAGUCUAAGGGUACCGCUUUUCUUGUGAACCCAAUUCCUUUUCCUUUCUUCUUUCCUAAGGUCUCUCCCACUUUGGCCACCAAGCAGUGCCAAGCCCUCUGGUCUCCAGGGGAGGGAUUAUUGUAUUACGUAGAAGGAUCAAGGGUAAUCAGGCCAAUUGGGAAGGUAGUCUUGAUUUUUUUAAUCUAUAUUUAUACACAGUCUUGUUUCUUUAAGCCCGCCCUCUGUCUCUUCCUCCCUGUCCCUCUCAGGUGACGGUAUCGGUGAGUGCCAUACAGAAUUCUGUAUUCACCAGCAUCAUGAAACAGUCGUGGUCUUUUGAGUUGAUCUUGGCAGAGUAAAGGGACAUGUCCUGGAGUCAUUCCCGACUACCCCUCCCCUUCUUUGUGAUAGCUCUCUCCCCACUCCCACCCCCACUUCAGCCUCUCCAAAAAAAAAAAAAAACGAAAACAAAACCAAACCUAAGGCACUUCACUUAGAGACUGGAGUCCUGCUUAUAAUCAUGCAUAUAACCUUUACUUUGAUGGAUCUGGCCAGAGGGGUGUUGGAGCCCAGCCCACCCACAUACCAGACAAGCUCUUAGGGGAGCAGAAGAAAAGCAGGAAGAAUUUCAAUGUUUAAUUUUUUUUAAAUUGACUUUUCUAGUUAUUAAAAGUUGCUUGUUUCAGCAGUGAUAUUGUAUAAAGAACAUCUUGUAAAAUAUUUCUGUCAUCUUGCUUUGGCACAUGUACAGUACAAUUUAUAUGAUAAUGUGUUUGCUUUACUUUGCCUCAUCUCCUCCCUCAGCCCAUCUUCUCUCCUUCAGAGAAGUUGGGUUGGAGGCUUAUCAGGGCAAGCAGUGGCACCUGGUGGGGACAGGGGUGUCCCUCUGCCUCCCCUAGUGGCUGUUUCCGCCUCCUUCCAUGCCUGUUCUGGCCACAAACUUGGAACUCCCUGAGAACGUGAAUCUUUCAGUGGUCAGUGUCAGUGGGGGAUGGGAGGAGGGAAGGGAGGAGAAGCUCAGAUAGCCCCUUCCCACAGUGACUCUAGCGCUAGUAGUUAGAUUUAGGCAAAACUUUGUAGUCAUCUUUCCCUUUUAUGGCAGAUUUUGAUAAAAAUGCAAAACAGGGUUUAUUUUCUUUUCUAUCAACUUUGAAUUUGGAAAAUUUGAGCACCUAAGCUCUUCUGUACCUAUUUAAAUUAAGGGAAAAGAAGUCCACCAAGGGGAUUGCAACUCAUAGAACUUGAGAAUAAACCCUCAUAAUAUCAAAAUUCAAGGUGUGGUCCCUGUCCUCCUCGCCCAGGGACUUGGGGGAUUUGUUCCAGUGCUGCUGGCUAGGUUUACCGUCCCUUCUCCCACAGGCUUGGAGUUAGCACUGACGUUACAAUUUCAUAAUCCCAGCCACCAACACCUUCCUCUGUUUUUUACCCUAGAGCCAGUCUGUUCUUGUUAACAGUGAGAAACCCGUGUUCCCACUUCAGUGACACCUGAAAUGUUUGUUGUUUUUUAAUGGUCUUGAAGGAGGAAGGGCCCCAUUAAAGGGUAAACUUGUAAUAAAUUGGAAUUUCAAAUAAA